GUAUUAUUCCAACAAUUAUUAUGAAAAUAGGGAUGUUUCCCGGUACAACCAUUAUGGGCAGGGAGGUUAUCCAUACAAUAUGAAUGCCCGUGGAAAUUCUCGUGGAUUCGGUCGAGGUAAUGGCAGUAACUAUCACGCAUACGGUGGUUAUUCCCAAAACAACCAUGGUGAUCGAUAUGAAUCUCAGAAUAGAUACAAUAGAGACAACGAACGAUAA